AUGGCGAGCCAGAUUGCUGCCUACGAGGAGGACCGAAAGGCCUAUCAGGAGCAGCUCGAUGUUGUCGUGGCCGGCCUCAGCGACGAUCCUGACAAUGCGGAGCUGAAGAAUCUUCAGGCGGAGUUGCAAGAAAUGAUCUCCCUGAUUGACGAGUCCCUUGCUGAACUCAAGCCCAAGCAGGCACCCCAGCCAGCUGCGCCCGUGAAAGCCCCCACGCCCCCCGAGCCGGAGAAGUGGUCGCGCGAGAACCACCCGGCCUUCAAGAAGACGACGACCACCGCCGCCGCCGCCGCCCCUGCGCCGCUAGCCGAAGACGAGGCAGCCGCGGCUCAGGCCACCUACAAUGUCAACGACACGGUCCUCGCCAAAUGGGUCACGGGCGACAAGGGCUUCUACCCGGCCCGCAUCACCUCCAUCACCGGCUCCUCGACGGCGCGCGUCUACAUUGUCAAGUUCAAGAGCUACGACACCACCGAGACGCUGCGCGCCAAGGACAUCCGCCCCGUCUCCAACAAGCGCAAGGCUGACGGCACACCAGCAGCGGCGGCCGCCGCCACAGCCUCCCCCGCGGCGUCCGGCGCGGCCGCGGCGUCCUCGACCAGCCACAACGGCAUCGUGACGUCGGCUUCGGCGAGCAUUUACCCUGAGCAGCAGGCGCGGCUGGACGCCGAGAAGCUGGGUGGUGACGCUGUGGCGAAGCCGCCCAAGGCGAAGAAGAUCAAGGCCAACAAGGAGCUGGAGAAGGGCAAGAGCAAGUGGCAGGAGUUCAGCAGCAAGUCCAAGUUUGGCAAGACGCAGAAGAAGGACAGCAUGUUCCGCACGCCGGAAGGCGUCCACGGCAGAGUGGGCUUCACCGGCUCUGGCCAAGCGAUGCGCAAGGAUCCCACGCGCAGUCGGCACGUGUACCAGCAAAACGAGGAAGUUGAAUAG